GUCAGCCAUGUCAUCUGAGCCACCUCCACCGCCACAGCCCCCAACACACCAGGCUUCGGUCGGGCUGCUGGACACCCAGCGGGCCCGAGAUCGGUCACCGUCCCCUCUCCGGGGCAACGUGGUCCCGAGCCCGCUGCCCACCCGCCGGACGAGGACCUUCUCGGCGACGGUGCGGGCUUCGCAAGGUCCUGUCUACAAAGGAGUCUGCAAAUGCUUCUGUCGAUCCAAGGGCCACGGCUUCAUUACCCCGGCCGAUGGUGGCCCCGACAUCUUCCUGCACAUUUCUGACGUGGAGGGGGAGUAUGUCCCCGUGGAAGGCGACGAGGUCACCUAUAAGAUGUGCUCCAUCCCCCCCAAGAACGAGAAGCUGCAGGCCGUGGAGGUGGUCAUCACCCAUCUGGCCCCGGGCACCAAGCACGAGACCUGGUCCGGCCACGUCGUCAGCUCCUAGGAGAUGCCGGAAGCAUCCCUUCUCCUGGGCUCGCGGGAGACUCUGGGGGGGAGGAGGAGGCAGAACCAAACUGCAGAUGACGGUCUACCGCUUGAGAUGGGGCUUCAGAGCGGGGAGCACGGUCCCUUUCAAGCAUCUUCAGGAGGAAGGGGCGAUGGGGACAGGCACUGGCAUGCUCUCGGCCACCAGCACAGCCUUGGACCGUUCCAACAGCCUCUCACCAUCUGAAAAGCAUUAAAAGCAUGGAAAAAGGA